AUGCAUUUUCCGAGCACACACUCCUAUGACAUUGCGAUUUAUUAUUUCUUCAGGUUAUCCGCAAAACUGCGUUCUGCCACGCGUAAAUUAAUUACGCGAAAUACAGGAAAGAGUGAAAAGGCCGUUCACUACAUCUGUUUCUGCUUAUCUUUCAUGGUCGGCUUCCGUCACAGCCUAGUUGAAGUUUCAUCUGGAAUCGCUGACAUGAACUCAGAAGAACAACUAAUUUCCUGGUUGCAGAGUUUGAUUUCUCAGCAAGAUAUGUUUCAUUCGGGCGAUUCAGACUCUCCUUCCUACUCUGAGGUCCUUCUUCUCCUCGGUCUUCUUUUUAGCACCAACCAAAACAGUGCUAUUCGACAACUUAUUGUCAGUACCAUUGGAAUUGAUGCCCCAUGUAUUUUGCGUAAUGUCUCCACCUCACGCAAGUUCUUCACUCACCGGGUUUUCACAAAUCAGUUUAUUACCACUCAGGCGGCUAAUGUGCCCGUUACAGUUCGUCUGAAUGCAAAUAUGAAAAGUAAUCUGCCCAUCCAUUGUGUCAACGAACUCCUAACGACGCAUGCAUUCAAUAAGAACCGAGUUCAUAUCAAGGGGUGGGUGUAUAGGCAGAUAUGUGAAUGUGUUCGACCGUUGCACGGAUUGAUGCUGGAGCUGCUUGAGAGUUAUGCCACUAACGCACUGAAUCAAGCGAAUGCUCCAAACACUGCACCUGGAAUGGCGAACUUGAGCAGCUCAGGAAGUGGAGGCUGUGUGCUGUUUUCGGAAGAGGAAAUUUUGGUACUGUUUUCGGCGCCAGUUUUCGGUCCACUUGCUCGGGCUUGUGCGCCUGGAGCUACCGAGUUCGUGACCGAGUUGAGUGAUGUAGAUGAAGUGGAUCUCACUCCACAAUUGCUCUUUCUCUACUAUAUGCUAUUCAUCUAUGAUCAGGAGCUAAUGAAUAAGUUCCGAGAUGAUGCGAAAAAUCAAAGAACUCCAAGAGCAUCUUUGACUCGGUUUUCUGACAAACUUUGGGAUGCCAUUCCAAUAACCUACCUCCUUCAAUAUGCCCGUGCCCAUUUCAACUCUUAUAAGGAAUUUUAUCCUCGUCUUUUGCAGUUGGUAACUAACUACAGACCUUUCUUGGUGAUUCGUGAGACGAUUGUACAGGACGAAUUACUUCUUGGAUCAUUGCGACUCCACUCCACGGUCUCAUCAAUGCUAUCCUUUAAAGUUUCCUACCUUUCUAGACUUGUUACUUCAUCAGCCAUGAAACCUUCAACACCGGAGCAACUCCUUUCAAUUUUUGAACGAAUUCUUGCCCAUAAUACCUCAUCAAAAGAUCUACAAUGCGCUGUUGGGGAAUGCAUCGUGGGAGUGAACGAGCUCGCCCGGUGGGCUAACAACAGGACAGGUUUUGAGAGGUUACACUGCCUGCUUCCCUACAUGGAGGUGAUCGGAUGUGCCCUGCCUCGUGCUUUUCUUGAAUGCGAUGCUCUCUCUGGAAAUCGACGCUUUGUAAACACUGCUUGUGCUCUUUGGCGUAGCCUCCACUGCAUUAUUCCAAUCAGGCUGGAGGUGUUGACCGUUAAGGCCCUUCGUCCUAAAAAAGACUCGAACACUUUACUGACGCAUCGCGAUCUCUUGAUGGAUCCUGUUGAAAACAUUAUAACAGCUAUUGACCGUCGAGUUUACAGAUCGCCACCUUUGAUGACUCUUCUGAUUCGCAUUCUUGAAUGUCGACUCCAAGCGUGUCGAUAUCACUGGGAGUCGCGUGUUGUUGGUCGCAGCUUUCUUCUCCCUACCUCCAAAAUGCAAUUAACUGGGAAAGUCGAAAAGCAACACCAGCAGAAGGGUUCUAAUGGUCGACCUACACUGGAACCCAUUUCCAUGGAUCAGAGUGGAGCAUCGGUCCCGCCAUUGCCUGUUGCUCAACAAUCGCAUCUACAGAAUCCAUCUGAGAUGUUGGCCACAGAUGAACAGUGUAAUCGGUAUUACACUACUCUUAUACAUGCCCACGAGGCAUCCGUUGUGCAUCUUCUUAUGGAAAUGUGUCUGCCUACCGAGGAAGAAAAGACUCUCGAUUCUGAUGUGACAAAUCUUCGUGAAGUGGAAAACUCUGUCUGUUUCCUAAUUCAAAAUCUCUUGACUUUCGAUAACACCCUUGCCGGUGCUAUCUUUGCUCAAACAUAUCCUCGUUCACUGAAUGCGCUAAUGACACGAGGCGUUCCAGCCUGCAAAUUACUUCUUGAUUAUGGACAGGACACUCUCGUCAAGGGCGGUAAUAUUGAAAGUGUGAUCUUCUACCUGGACUUCCUUUCGCACUUCGGACUGCAUCAUAGCAAUGAAAUUGUAUGCGAUUAUGUCUGCCAGGCUAUUGAUGUCGUCAACCAUAUCUUUACAUGUAGGCUCUUUUUUUCUUUUAAACUCCUCUACUGCUAA